CACUGCACGCUUAACUGUUUCAAAACUUUCUCAUUUAUUCUCUCUGCACAACGAAGCUCCAUAAUUAUCAACGACGACUGAUUAAUCAAUUUGAAGGCUUGAUAAUUUUGAUUUCAUCAUCUUCUUCACGAGUACGAAUAACUUCGAUUAAAGAAUUUGAAGGCUCGAUAAUUAUCAAGGUUUGUUCAACUUUUUAAUUUCAAUUUUACUGCUCUGAAAAUUUCGAAUUGCAUCAAUUAUUAUGGUUUAAUCAAUUAUUGAAAAUUUUUGAGUCUCAUGAAUACAACAAAAAACUUGAUAGUGAUUCUAAUGAUCUCAGAUUAAACUUAUCAUCAAAAAUUAAGAAAAUAAUAUUCGAUUUUUAGUAAUUGAGAAUUUUCGAUUAUUCAGAUAAUUUUCGAUUCUAUUGCAUUGAAUUACAUGUUAUUUCUGAAAUUCUGUUUGUUUGGUAAAGGAAAUUUGGAAUCUUAUGUUUCUAGGAUUCCUUAUUUUUAAUUUUUCUUUUGGGUUUAAAUUUGAUGAAGGAUAAGUUAGCAUCUUCUUGUAUUUUCUGCUAUUUUACAGGUUAUUUCUGUAAAAAAAAAAAAAAAAAAAAAAAAAAAGAAAAAAGGGUGGCUAGCUUAAAUUUCUUCCUUCUUCUACCCUUUGUUUUUAUUUUUUUUCAUUUUAUUCUUUUCCCUCUUUUUCUGAGCAUUUAUUCUCUUCAAAUUUUGAAUAGUAUUAAUUUAAUCAUCCUUCUCCCUCCUACUUUGGGAGUUGAGAUUGCUAGUAGUUUACUAGAUAGUGGAUGAGUGUGUUACAUGUUCUUGGUUUUGGGUUAAAAGUAGGACAUGUACUCUUACUGCUAUGUUGUCGGCUUAUCUCUGUGAUCCCCAUGAAUUAGCUGAUUAAUGGUGGUGUAAUGGACGGCAAGCCUAGUUUGCUUGGCAGCAGCGGCAGUGGUGGUGGCGAUGGUAAAGUGGUGGGUGAUUGGUGGCCGAAAAUCGCGUCGAAUAGCCAUAUGAUCCACCAUUACUAUUACCACUACAUAGGGUCAAUGAAGUUGAGGAAAUCAUGGUGGAAGAAGCUUUUGGUUGCUUGGGUUGUAUUUUGGAUCAUAUUUUGUUUUGAGGUGUUUUGGUUAUUGAGUUCAUACGCUGUUGAAAAAAGGAAAGAAAGCCUUACUAGUAUGUGUGAUGAAAGGGCUAGGAUGUUGCAAGAUCAAUUUAAUAUUAGUAUGAAUCAUAUUCAAGCUAUGUCCAUAUUAAUUUCCACUUUUCAUCAUGGCAAGUAUCCAUCUGCUAUUAAUCAGAGAACUUUUGCAAGAUACACCGAAAGAAUUGCUUUCGAACGGCCUUUAACAAGUGGGGUGGCAUAUGCUGUGAAAGUGCUCCAUUCAAAAAGAGAACAAUUUGAGAAGCAGCAUAAUUGGACUAUUAAGAGGAUGGAUACUGUUAAACAAGAACCUGUUCAUAAGGAGGUUUUGCAUGCCUGCAGUGUGGUUUCAAGAUGUUCACCGGGGCUGCUGCACAGAAGCUUUUCAGAAAUGUUCGAUUAAAAAGGUAAUUAUACGCUUUUUACUUGUGUUUGGAUAUAGCAACUUAAUUAGAAUGUAUUCAUUGUAUUGCAGUGACAGUUGAAGUUUAUAUGCAAUAUGAUUUAUUAAUGAUUUAAAACA